AGAACUUUACUAUAGCUAAUUAUACUGGAGAGUUUAUAAACCGCAUUACAGAUUCAGACAUUGCAAUUACUAUAACAACUACGGUUUUAUCGAUUUUUGGGUCUAUUUGGCUCAUUUUAGUUAACGGUCGAAACUGGAUUAGAAAUGGACACUUAGAAGAAACAAGGAAGCUUUUGAUUUACCUUACUAUUUCAGAUUUUUUCAUUGCAAUUGGAAAUUUUUCGGGAGCAAUAAAAUACAUCGAAUCAGAUGACAGCAAUAGUUUUAAAGUAUUGGAAUGUAGUUCGGAACGCGAUAUAGGGUGCAUAAUUCAAAGUUUUAUAACAACGUUGGGAUCUUUGUGGUCUUUCUUCUGGACGACUGUAAUUGCGUUCCACUUGCUGGUGACUUAUGAAGAGGCAAUGAAUGGUACUGAAAAAUUGAAGAAGGCCCAGGAAAAUGAGCGUGGAUGCAUAUUCAGAAUGCGCUUUCUGUACCAUUUUAGCUGGCUUAUUCCAGUUAUCAUUAUGAGCAUCGCUGCUGGAUCAAAUGUUCUUGGGUCGGACCUAUCUGUUGGCUCUGGAGCUUGGUGCUGGAUAUCGGCAUGUCUGUCGCCAAAUCAAAGAACAUUUUGGAUGACAUUUACGGGAAAAGGAUGGGAAAUAUUGAUGUAUUUGCUUUGUUGUUUAUUUUAUUCUUGGCUUAAAGUUCGUAAGAUAGAAAUUCAGAGAAGAAACAAAAAAGCAAUCAAGCUACAAAAACUCACACCAUUGACCGACCCACGAUAUCGAAACACGUCAAAUGUGGAAGAACAAGAAACACCAAACACCAAACGCAACUCUAAUGAAAAUAUGAAAUAUUUGUAUCUUUGGCUGAUUGAAAUUUGGCUCCGGAUUCCAGGAACAAUUCGUUACAUAAUGGCUGCCCAUAAAAGACAUACUGGAUAUUCAUCUGCUUACGACAGCGUCGAUGUUUAUUUUCUUCAUUUUCAGUCUUUUGGUGACAGCGCCCAAGCUUUUUGUACAUGGAUGGUAUUUUGUGGACCAAAAUUAAUGGGAAAGAUAACGUCACGUGUAUGCAGACAGCAUAAAAUAGUUGAAGAGAAAAGAAUGUUAAUCGUACAAAAAUAUUAGCAUAAGUCAUCUAUUAUUAGCACUGUCAAUCUUAAUCAUUUUUCUGUGAUUCCAAUAUGUAGCAUAGUGCAUUAAGAAAAGAAAGACCGUUUUUUCACAUUUUGUUUGCAUGUUAUAUUUUUAUUAUACAACAAGUUAUAAAUGAAACAUUACUACCCGAACUAUGACAUAGUUUACAUGUAUUACUUGAAGAUCAGUAUUUUAAUCGAUUUCACCACAAUUUAUGUAAACACUUUUGAAUUCCUAUAUUAUUCUCCUAUUAUUUAAUUUUAACAAAUAGCCUAUCCGCCUUA